AUGGCACGGCAGGUCGCCGCGGGCGUGCACCUCCUCGUCGUGCUCCUGACGGCGAGGUGCUGCGCGGGGCGCGACUUCGACGUCGGUGGCCGCGACGGGUGGAGGGCGAGCCCAGCCGAGCCGUUCAACCGCUGGGCCGAGCGCAACCGCUUCCAGGUCAACGACAGCCUCGUGUUCAGGUACAGCAAGGACGCGGACGCGGUGCUGGUGGUGAGCCAGAGCCACUACGACGCCUGCAACACCACCGACCCCUUCCUCCGCCUCGACGGCGGCGACUCCGUCUUCGUCCUCAGGAACUCCGGCCCGUACUUCUUCAUCAGCGGCGACGCCGGUCGCUGCCGGGCCGGCGAGCGACUCAUCGUCGUCGCACUCGCCGUCCGUAACAGGGACAAGGGCAACACGCCCUCGCCUUCGCUCCCGCCGCCGCCACCGACGUCGUCGUCGCCAUCGUCACACCCGGCACCAUCGAAGUCGCCACCUCCCGUUCCCGCCCCUGCUCCACGUGCGUUGCCUCCGCCGCCGCCGGCUGCACGGAAUGCUUCGAUGCCGUCACCUUCGCCGGCGAACGCUACGGCGCCCGCGCCGGGGACGAACGGGACGUCGUCCGCGUCAGCCUUGAGGGCUGGUGUCCUGGCGUGCCUUGUAGUCGGUGGAGCAGUGAUUCUAGUUUGA